AUAUAUAUGUAGGGAGAGAGAAAAUUAGACAUGUUUUAGAAAAAGACUGGACCUUUAUUUGGUGGCUAUUCAGAUGUUACCUUGAUAUGAUAGCUUUGAUCUUCUUCUCAGCUCAUCAUCUUUAAGUUCUUAAAUACACAUACUCUCACCUGAAGAAAAAGUAUUUCACAAUCUUGAAACAAAAUGGUGUGAAAGAAAGGUUCUUGCAUGGCUAGUCAUAGAAUUGGAGAGACUGGUUUGUCAGACUCAGGGCCUUCACACCAUCACCAUCAUCAUCAUCAUCAUCAACACUUGCCAUACUCUGUUUUUCCUGCCUAUAAUCCUCCAAAUAUAGCCUUCAUAAAUCAAGAAGGGCCAUCUUUUGAUUUUGGUGAGCUUGAAGAAGCUAUUGCUCUACAAGGAUAUAAGAUCCAUAGUGAUGAAAACAAAUUACCUUUAUACACAACAGUACCAAGGCCAGCAGCUACUCUGGACAUGUUCCCUUCUUGGCCUAUGAGAGAUCAUCAAACACCAAGAGGCAGUAAUUCAAGUACGUCAGGAUCAGCAGUAAAUGUUGCAAUAGCAAGUAAACCAGAGGCCCAUUGUCCUUCUCAUAUAGAACCAGAAUCUCCAAUCAGUAGUAACAGUAGGAAAACAUCUUCUGAUCAACUACAAAAUCAUCAACAACAAGAACAACAGCAACAAGUUUUUAGGCAACAGCUACAACAACUUCAAAUACCACAACAACUCGAGAUGGAAAGCGAAGGAGGUAGCCCUGUCACAACGGGCGGAUCAUCACAUUCUCAACAAGCCCUCAAACCCUUCUCGGAAAAGAGAAAAGGAAUUGGUUCAACAUCAGAGAGAACACUGGAUGCCAAGACAUUGAGGCGCUUAGCUCAAAACAGAGAAGCAGCAAGAAAAAGCAGGCUCAGGAAAAAGGCUUAUGUUCAGCAACUAGAGUCAAGCAGAAUAAGGCUAACUCAACUUGAACAAGAUCUUCAACGUGUUCGAUCACAGGGGCUGUUUAUGGGAGGCGGUGGAGGUGGUGGAGGGAACAUUAGUCCUGGUGCAACAAUAUUUGACAUGGAGUACACAAGAUGGCUAGAUGAUGAUCAAAGACAUAUGGGCGAGUUGCGUAAAGGAUUGCAAUCACAUUUAUCAGAUGGUGAUCUUCGUAUCAUAGUAGACAGCUUUAUUGCACAUUAUGAUGAGAUUUUUCGGCUAAAGGGAGUGGCUGCUAAAUCUGAUGUGUUCCACUUGAUUACUGGAAUGUGGACUACCCCUGCCGAACGCUGCUUCCUCUGGAUGGGAGGUUUUCGUCCCUCUGAGCUUAUCAAGAUGCUAGAACUUCAACUUGAUCCAUUGACAGAUCAACAAGUUGUGGGGAUUUAUAGCCUGCAGCAAUCCUCACAACAAGCAGAAGAAGCCUUGUCACAAGGUUUAGAUCAGCUACAUCAGUCAUUGGUUGACACAAUUGCUAAUGGGUCCGUCAAUGAUGGGGUUCACCAUAUGGCGGUUGCACUUGGAAAACUAACUAAUCUUGAAGGAUUUGUUCGUCAGGCCGAUAAUUUAAGACAACAGACGCUUCAUCAACUUCAUAGGAUAUUGACAGUUCGACAAGCAGCAAAAUGUUUCUUGGUGAUUAGUGAGUAUUAUGGGAGGCUAAGAGCAUUGAGUUCCCUUUGGGCAUCUAGGCCACGCGAGGCGAUGAUAAGUGAUGAAAACUCAUGCCAAACAACGACAGAUUUGCAAAUGGAACAAUCUUCACAGAUUCAUUUUUUGAACUUUGGAUGAUGAAAUGAAGUUGGUGAUCUAUUGUUGAUAAUUCAAGGACAUGGCCAUUGUUUGUUUAAGCUACUUAAUUUCAGAGGAUACAUAUUAAUUAGUUCA